AUCAACGCUAUGUGCACACAAAAAGUCAGUUCCUUAUUAGCCCCUCACCAGCUAGCUCUCUUGUCCAUGGCUUCCAUUCCUCAUCAAUUCUACAAUGACUAUUCACUCCCUUCUCAUUUUUAUGGGUACCCGACUCCAGUGGUGAGUGGAGAAAAUGGUUGCAGUACUGCAGUUUUAGGUGGAACAAUGUGGAGUGCUAGUACUACUUGUGAAGAAAGCUUGGUACCGUUUUGAUAUUAGCAAUGCUGCGGCUAAUAUUGAAGUGGUGUCACCAGAAUCCAACAUCUCUUCGUCUGUUAUAGUAGCUUCGUUCCCGGAGCUACUAGGAUUUUCGGAAGAUAUUGCUGUCCCUGGUACAUAUUCGGAAUAUGGUAAUAUGGGGAUGCAUGGAAUUGCAGGGACUCCGCAUUUUGGUGGAGAACUAAACCUACCUUAUAUGAAUGAUCAGUUGGGGGAGGAUCAUUGUACUGGACUCAUGUCAGCCGAUUUCAAGCCGUUUAGCCUUGCUGGCCAAGAAAAUUGGGCAAUUAAUCAAGCGAAUCAGCAGGUGCCUACAAUUGAAGAUCAGUCUACUAUGAAGGUGGGAAGGUAUUCAGAAGAAGAAAGGAAAGAACGGAUUGACAGAUAUUUGAAGAAAAGAAACCAGAGAAACUUCAACAAAACUAUUAAGUAUGCUUGCCGCAAAACUCUAGCUGAUAGAAGGGUCCGAGUUCGUGGGAGAUUUGCAAGGAACACUGACAAUCAUGAGGAAAUGGCACAAGAGAAGACUGAGAACAAUAUUCAAACCUGCAAAGAUCAGCGAUCAGAACUGUAUUGUAGUAGCGGUACAGUCCAGAUGAAAUAUGACGAUGAUGAUUGGCUGCAAGAGGCUAUGGCAAGUCUAAUGUACUUCCCUUAUGUCACAGCUGGUUGACAUGGUGAAACCUAGCUAGCUAGCUUCCAUUUCAAUGUUAUAGUAACCAGUAAUUUGAUCGAAGAUGGAAUUUCAUAUUAAUCGAAGAAUUGUACGCUCUAAUUAACUAGCUAAUAUUUGUAAAAUUAAUUGGUCAAUCGAUAUAUUAAAGCUCAAAAUUUCUCA